CUUUCUUUUCUUUCCUUCUUUUUCUUUGCUUCUACUUUUCUUGUUGGUCACCCCACUCCACAUCCUACCACAGGAACAAUUUCAUCCAUAAUCCUCUCCUCCACUCCUCCGUCUUCGUUUCCGCUCCUGCUUCUACUCUACUUUAACCCCUCCUGUUUCUACUCUUCCUCCUCUUCUUACUCCUCCUCCUAAUCAUUCCGCCCUAACGAACACCUUUUUGAUUUAUAACUUUAUUUGCCUGAUCUGGUGGACUCUUUUCGUAUUCUCUCUAUUUUUUCCCCUUCCAAAUCCGAAAGAGCAAAUUCGUUUCCUGACUUUCUCGCGACUCGCUCAUUUAAUACAUUCAUUAAACAUCAACAUCAGGACAACAGCGUGUUCAAAUUUUCGAUCAAGAAAUAAAAAAAUGCGUGGCAUGAAGGGUCUGGCUAUAUCGACAGCAGCAUUGCUUGCUAUUGUUUCUACAACUUUGGUACAGCAGACCUCUGCCUUUGGUUACAUGACCGAUUACAAUGGGACACUUUGCAAUGGCUUUAUUGACUACAAGGUCUGGCUCCCCGACAAUGUCACAGUCCAAAAUAUAGAAGAUGAGUUGAUCAAACAAGGUGUUCAAGAACUUACUGCGCUAGUCGACCCAUGCAAGUCGACCUUUCUAUCCUAUGCCUGCUCUGUCGCAUUUCCAAGACCUGUCAUUACAGGCCAAACUAAUAGCUACAAUGUGUUGUUCGCGUGUCAAUCAUCAUGUCAGGCGGUCCAUCAAGCCUGUACAGCUGACCUCACCUUCUUGAAUAUGACUAACCUUCUCCCUGACUGUAAGGCACCCAUUCCUGGUACUGAGCAGUUUCCCAAUGGGCCAUACGAUCACCAGCUGGACAAUUCUUGCAAUGCUGUUCCAUUUCAGAGCUCCAACACGACAUGCGCGACUCCUAUGACCGAGUGUGUAUCCCCAUUCGUUGAAGACCUGGUGUUCAAGGCAACAGGCGGCGCACAGAAUACAGAUGAUGCAUAUUGUGGAUGUGGAUGCUGUCUGCCCUGCCCACAGCCAAAUGCGUUCUAUAAGCCCGAAAUAUUGGACCAGGGCUUCUUUAUCACUGAUAUUCUCAAAGCCGUUUCUGCAGGCUUGGCCUUGGUCCUGGCGUUGUCUUAUGUGGUCCUUCCCGACAAGUUGCAACAUCCAUCCAACUUGAUUUUAUUUGCGGCGCUGGCGACCGCAAUCUUUGGUGCAGCUGUAGCACCAUCGUUUGGUAAUCCAAGACGAAUCCAAUGUGCUGCCAACGGUGUUUCAACUGCUACUUCAUAUAACAAUAACCUAUGCACCAUCCAAGGAGCCUGGUUGCUGUUUGGAGCAAUUGCAACGACAGCCUGGUUGUCUAUCGUUAUUGUGAAUCUGCAUUUGCAUACGGUCUGGAAUUCGAGCUGGCUCUCGAAAAGGGCCUGGUUGACACAUCUUAUUGGCUGGGCCGUCCCUGCAGCAUUCGCUGCCAUUGCUGUUAUAACAAAUUCCAUUGGAUGGAACAACUCCAAUAUGUGUAUGGCUACACAAGAAACAUCUAAUGCACUUCUGUUCAUUCCCCUCGGAGUCAUUAUGAUCCCCUCCAUAUUGUUGCAUUUCACUACAUUCUUUCAUAUCAUCAAAGUGACUCUUCAGGCCGAGAACUCAGAGACAGUUUCCCAUUCGACCUUGUCGUCAGGUCGUGCAGCACGAAUUUCUCACCGUCGACAUGUCAUGAAUGCGAUUCGUAUCCAAUGGCGUGCAGCAGUUCUCGCGUUUGUGGUUGCAAGCUCGGUACUGAUCUACUGGGCAUUUUACUUGGUAGAGGGUGCCAAGACGGAUAUGUCCUGGAUGAGCACCUGGCAGUUAUGUAUUUUCACCAAGGCAGGUGAUCAAGAGCAAUGCGCAGAUAUGUUUACUAAAGGUCAUGUACCGGACUUUGCAUUUAUGAUGGUGGCUGAAGGCUUGGUCAGCACAACUGGUCUUUGGGUCUUCUUGCUCUUCUUCAAGCAGUCGCUUAUCAUGGAAUGGAAAGAGUACAUCAGUGGAUGGAUUUGUUGCGGAGGACGCAGGCACCGCAAGAGACAGGAGAACCAGUUCUAUGUUAUUUAAAAAAGCAAAGGAACUUGUUUAUUUAUUAUUAUUAUUAUUUUAUAUCAUUUAUAUUUAAAAAUUACAUAGAUAUACAUAUAUCCUCUUACCAUCCACACUGUUCUCAAAUAUACUCAUUUAUUUU